AUGCCCCGCUUUAAUCGACAGGAGCAGCUCCCGCUCCAUAUCAAGCGCGCUAUUUGCGCGCACCACGUCGACAACCCCCGCCUGCGUCAUGUUGACCUGGCGAGGUGGUGCUACACUCAGUACGGAUUGCGCCCGGAUCGCUCCACUGUCGGCCGCAUAUUGAAGCUCGCCGAGCGAUGGGCUGUCACGGCAACCGGGGACAACCAAGUGCGCCGUCGAGGUGGCGCAUGGCCUGAGCUGGAGCAGGCCAUGGCGCGGUGGAUCGCAAACGCAGGGCCCGCUGGCGUGCCUCUGACGCUGCAGACCAUCCGCGACCAUGUCGUGACGAUGUCCCGAAACAUGGGCAUUCCGCCCUCAUUCCGCUGCUCCAUCGGCUGGGUGCGCCGUGCUUUGAGGCGCCAGGGAGUGAGGUGCCGUGCAGCACAAGGCGAGGCGGCUAGCGCGGACAUGGCCGCCGUGCGCCACGCACGUGAGAAGCUGCCGCAACUCCUCACGCAUCUCGGUGUCACCCCGCGGGACACUUUCAACCUCGAUGAGACGGCGCUCUGGCUGUCAGUCCUCCCUCGGCGCACUUACAGCAACGGCCGCAUUCCCGGCCGCAAAGUAUCGAAGGAGCGGCUCACCGUGGCAUUCCUCGUGAAUGCUGACGGGAGCCACAUAUUCCGACCGCUCGUGAUCAGUAAGGCGAAGCGGCCGCAUGACUUCCGCCCGGAUUAUGACCCUGAAUCCCUUUGCUACUGGCGGCACAACGCGAAAGGCUGGAUGACCUCGUCACUCAAUGCUGCGAUGUACGCCGAAGGUCGCAAGAUCGUGUUGCUGCUCGACAACGCGAGCAGCCACAUGCUCCGCUCUGAGCUCGCAUGGAGCGAGAUCGUCUGCGGCAUGCGGACGACCUGCAUGAGCAACGUGCGGCUCGUCUUCCUGCCGCCGAAUACCACCGCAUUUACACAGCCGCUCGAUCAAGGCAUCAUAGCCACCGUAAAGGCCCGCUACCGACAGCAUUGGCUGCGGGCCUUCUCGGCUUUGUGGAACGGCGACGGCGCGACUUCCGCCGUCGCGCGUUUCCGCCCGAACUUGCGCGAUGUCCUCGCGUGGCUGUCGGACGCGUGGACCUCGGUCGGCGCGUGCACCAUUCAACGGUGCUGGUGGCGCACGGGGUGUCUGCCGCUCUCGUGGUCCCUGGAGCUUACGCAGGUACACGACGAUGAGCCCUCCCCCGCCGUCUACCCCGACAUCGAGCUCGACGACGACAUCGACGAUGUCGGGACGCUUAUUAGCGGGCUCGCCCUCGGGAAUGCGGCGAUGACGGCCGCAGAGUACGUCGUCAUCGACGACGACGAGCCAACGUGCGCCGAGGGCGCUGCGGGACAGCCCACGACUGAGCCGGAGGCGGGCCUAGAGGUGGAGCUCUGGCACGCGCCGACGACCAUGCAAGCCGUCUACGACGACGCCGACCUAGUGUGUUGCGAAGCGCGGCGCACUGCACGCGCGGCAUGCGAGAUGCUCAUCGGAUAUGCACGGGCCAUCCGCAUCACGCCGCGCGAUCUGUCCCAUCUGUUCGAUAUCCGCAACCACAUUGUAAUCGCGCGGAUGGAGCGGGCGAGCCCGUCAUUCAACCUCAACGUGGCGCCUCAGCCCGUACCCUCCCCGGGCGCAACUCCCACGCCCGAAACCCCUCGUCCGCGCGGCCGGGUGCUGCCCGGCUGGAUGACCCGUCCGUCUCGCCGUCAGGAGUUGUUUGACGCCGGUGUGGGCGCCGUGAUGGACGGAUAUGUGGAGGAUGUUGAUUGGAAGGCACGCAUGGGGGCGCUGCGUGACCUGCGCUCGCCGUUCGGCCUGCGGCGGCGGCGCCGCUACCUCGUGCCGGCCGCUGGAGCUGCGGCAGCCAUCGCGUCCUUGCCCAUCUUGGCGUUUGUGUUCCUUGCCGCUCGAUGCACCUCUGCGCAUCAGAUGAACGAGUACGCGCCGCCCUUCCUCGACUUCGACUUUGGCGACUCGGACAAGAUGUGCGGCUCGUGGCCCGGCCAGUACAUGGCGCUGCACGAGCGCAUCCGCCAAGCCAGUAAGGACGCAUACGCGGCUCGACUCCAGAGCGACGCCGCCGCCGCUGCCGCCGCCGCCGCUGCCGCUGCCGCUGCUUCUGCUGCUUCUGCCCCCCCCCCCGCCGCGGCUCCUUCCGCGCCCGACGGCGCCGAAGCCGCUGCCGCCGCUGCUGCCGCCGCAGCGCCGCCGUCGGAAGCUGCGCCGCCGCCGUACGACCCGUCGAUCCGGUUUCUAACCUUCGAGUGGCUGAACGGGUGCGGCGGGUACGGCGACGUACUAGUCGGCCUCAUAGCCGCGUUCGUAGUCGCCGUCCUAGACAACCGCGCGUUAAUCAUCCGCCACGCGUGUCUGCCCGCGGCGUUCCAGCCGAACCUAAUCGACUGGGUGAUCUCCCCGGACGUUCCGCUAGAGCCGUCGCGAUUUAUUAACGGCCCGCAGUCGUGGAUGGGGCGGCCCGAGCCCGCGACGCCCGGCGAGGUGGUGUUUGUGGAGUUACGGAAUAAGUACGUGGAGUUGGAGCCGUAUUUUUCGAAGCUGAACGCGUCGGUUAAUGUGAGGCUGGCGUCGAAUCGCGGCGUGCUGACGUACCUGCAGACGCGCGCCGCGGGGUCGUGGGCGCAGCGGUUCAGUCAGAUCGGCAUGCGCCUGCCGUACGCUGUGGGGUGCUUCCUGCGCUUCCUGUUCACUCCGCGGCCAGAGGUGCAGGCGCUGGUGCGGGGCAUGGAACAGCAGCUGCGCGCAGCCAUGGUGGGGGAGGGGGGGCAGGCGCGGGGGGUGGCGACGGUGGGCAUACACAUCCGCGUGAAGGACGGAUUCGUGUGGGACGGCAAGUGGGGGGACGGUGACCCUAAGAAGCUGAAUGAGGAGCAGGUGGCGUGGCUGGGAAAGCAGGCCAAGGAGUGGAUUGACUGUGCACUGAAGGUGGAGGGGUACUGGUUCCCAUCGUCUCUGGGAGUGCGCUGGAUGCUCAUCACCAACUCAGCCCAGCUCAAGCAAGCGAUAAAGUCACAGUACCCCGAUAAGGUCUUCACCACUGAUUUUGUGCCUCGCCAUUCCAACAACCUGGGCGCUGUUGACACUGAAGCCUCACGUCGCCCAGCUGGGAUGGUAGCCCCAGAUGCAGAAUACACUGACGCCAACAUUACUGCUGCGGCCACCAAUGCCACCAGCACCACUAUUGAGAAGGACAAGCAGGAAGAGGCUCGGCUGUUCCAGGAGGUCGUUACAGAAUGGUUAUUGUUGGCAUCUUGCGAUGCAUACGUUGUGUCGGAGUCUGGGUAUUCGCACACUGCGGUGUUUUAUGCUAGAAGGCCCAUGGCAGCUUUUCAGUAUGACAGAUGCGAUCCAGAGUUGCCAGUGCAGACAACUGUUAUGGGACAGUCUUGGAGUGGGAUUUAA